AUGCUUAGAUUUAGCAAAAUAAAAUUGUUAUCUUUUCAAAUUCCUAUAAAUAAAAUACAAAAAACAACAACACGCUCAUCAGGUCCAGGAGGACAAAGUGUCAACAAGGCUGAGACAAAAGUGCAACUUCGUUUUAAUGUUGACACAGCAGAAUGGAUUCCUCCUAAUGUUAAAAAUAAUUUAAAGAAAAUCUUUAAAAAUAAAUUGAGCAAAACAAAUGAUCUUAUUAUAGAAUGUGAAGAAACUUCUUCGCAAAUGUCUAACUAUAAAAUAUGCUUUGAUAAGUUAACAAGAAUCCUUGAAGAAGCUGAAAAUUAUAAAGAGAAAGUAAAGUAUACCAACAUCAAAGAAUUUAUUCAUUUAAUUAAAACAGACGAUCAGAUAAAAAAAUACAAGGACAAUCUAAUUAAUCAGAAAAAAAAAAGAAAAGAAAAAAAAUUUAAUAAACGGGAUUAUGAUUGA